CUAAUGAGCGAGAUUACAAUCGAAUCACAUUAGUCCAUACACAAACUAUCUAGCUAGUAUAUUGGCUUUUGAAGUCCAUAAUAUUUGUCUUUGAAGUAGUUUACUAAUCGGAUUUUUCUCCUCUUUCGAAAACACAUAUCGAAAAUUCGUGGCACUAGAUUGUUAGAUAAGUACAGCCACAUAUUCAAAUAGUUAUUAUUAGGAAAAACUGAUGCCUAUUCUUUUAAACUAAAAAUAAUGGUGAAACUUAUCUCUUUUCUAAUUCCCCAUUUUGGAACAUAACAACUCUCUUGUUGAAAUCUAUGUGAAAUAAUGAACGAUGGAGAAAAGCGUAAUGGAAGAGAAGUUCUCGAGAGUCAAUAACGUCAAGGACAUCCAAAUGCCUCCAAAGAUAUCAAUGGCAACAGAGUUCAGCAUCGAAGGAUUCAAGCAUACGGCCGACAACCAUUCGCCGGACACCUACUCGUCGGAGUCGCCCCAUAAGUUGCAACAAACUUUGACGACGAACAUGAAAACAGCAACGCCGGGAAAGUGGAAUUGCCUUUGCUCGCCGACGACUCACGUCGGUUCGUUUAGGUGUCGAUUGCAUCGAGGUCCUGGAAAGGGAAUGAUCCGUGGUGGCUCCGUCGGCUCCAAUCUCUCAGAGUUGGGCUCUAAAUCACGCCCUCUUGCUGAAUUGAUUUAGAUUAGUAUAUACAUAUAAUGACAGUGGUAAUGAUCAUACCAGUAAUUAAGACUACAUCUAUUCAUCCAUCCAUUGAUUGUAACCAGUUUUUGUCAUGUGUGAGCCUUAAUUGUACUUAUAAUCUCUAAUGUUUGCUGAAAUGCAAGUUAUGUAUUAAGAUGUUGCAUUGUGUCAGUCCAUCAAUGAUUUUGUGGUAUAGUUGGUUAUCACGUCAAUUUAACACAUUGAAGGUCUUCGAUUCAAACCCGGACAAAGCCAUUUUUUGUUCCUUUUCAUAUUUUCAUGCAUUUAGCAUGUUUCCUUAUGUAAAACUGUUUUCUCUUUCAUAGAUGUUGCAUGAAAAUUGAGAAGUCCUAUGCGUGACUUUUGCCAUGAAGAUUGUGUUUUGCUCACUUAUAUAACCCUUGUGGUAGCCAUACAAAUUUUCAUUUUACUGCUAUGCCUACAAUUUUUCUCAAAAAACUAGUAAGACAUUGAAUGAAGUCGAUUGAAUUUG